CAAAAUAAGAAACCUUUUAACGUCUUAUUGUCUCGUCAGAAUGAGUCUCGUCUUAACGGCGUGUUUGUCACCGUUGUUUCAGGCGGGCUCGCGGGAGGCAUCGAGAUCUGCAUCACCUUCCCCACAGAAUACGUGAAAACACAGCUGCAGCUGGACGAGAAGGCCAAUCCUCCCAAAUACAAAGGCAUCGCGGACUGUGUGAAGCAGACGGUGAACGGUCACGGAGUGAAGGGUCUGUACCGAGGACUGAGCUCUCUGGUGUACGGAUCCAUACCCAAAGCAGCUGUCAGAUUCGGGGUGUUUGAGUUCAUCAGUAAUAAAAUGCGCGAUGAAAACGGAAAGCUGGACAGCAAGCGAGGAUUCGUCUGCGGCCUCGGCGCCGGAGUCGCAGAGGCCAUUUUUGUAGUUUGUCCCAUGGAGACCGUUAAGGUGAAAUUCAUCCACGAUCAGACAUCAGCAAACCCAAAGUACAAGGGCUUUUACCAUGGAGUGAGGGAGAUUAUUAGAGUUGAAGGACUGAAGGGGACCUACCAAGGCCUCACAGCCACCGUGUUGAAACAAGGCUCCAACCAGGCCAUCCGCUUCUACGUCAUGACCUCCCUGAGGAACUGGUACAAAGGCGACGACCCCAACAAAGCCAUGAACCCUCUGUUAACGGGACUGUUUGGAGCCAUUGCUGGAGCUGCCAGUGUGUUUGGAAACACUCCGCUGGACGUCAUUAAGACCAGAAUGCAGGGUCUUGAUGCUCACAAGUACAAAAGCACGAUGGACUGUGCCGUCAAGAUCAUGAAGCACGAGGGACCGAAGGCGUUCUACAAAGGUACCGUGCCUCGGCUGGGUCGGGUGUGCAUGGACGUGGCCAUCGUCUUCAUCAUCUACGAGGAAGUCGUGAAGGUUCUCAACAAAGUUUGGAAGACGGACUGAAGCGGACACGACAGCGAGAGCUUCAGGACACCCGUUCACAUCAGUAGUCUAGGUUCUGAUAUCUACCUCUAGAGAAGAGAAAGGGAUCGGUUUGUUCUUUGAUUUUAUUUAUAACUCAGCUACUACAAGUGGAACCGUUCUCUGCAUGAAAAAAGAAAGAAGCUCCAGAUUGCAGAGUCGCUGCUUCCACUUGCUGUUUUUUCUUAAAUUCUAAAAGGGGGUCGUUCCUUCAGAGCUCAGGGAGGAGGAACGAGGCUUUCACUCAGAUUGACUUGAGGAACGGGAACACUGUCAGCGCAGACAAACACUUUUAUAGACUUAAUAUAAAGAGACACCAAUACCCGACGUAAUGUGAUUUAGACACUGUUGACAAAGAAAUGAUACUUGAGCUGAGAGAUUAUACCAGAGAUGAAAGAUUUUAAAGCCCUCUUUAUAUGCAGAUUUUCUUUCAAACUCAUUAUUUCAUUCCAGAAUCUGAUGAAAUAUUUAAUGUUCAGACGUCUUACGCUGCAGAGGCGACUGGUACAUUAAGAACUAAAUGCCUUAAAUCACGAUUGUCGGAUCCAUAGAGAUGCAGGUUUUUAUUAAUUAUUUACACAACUUCUUUAGAAAUGCACAUUUCCACUAAACAGUUGUUGAGGUGUUCAACUUUACUUUGCAGAGAUGUUUUAAAUCAAUGAACCUACGAGAUGCUAUAUUAAAAACAAAGUGCCUAUGUAUUGAUUUUGAGAUCUGUUGAGAUAAAGGAUGAUUGAAUGUUGUACGUGCUUUAGUGACUACAGAUGUUUUAAUGUUGUUGCACACGCUGCGGUGGUGCCGGGUGUUUGAUUCCAGGCGGUUUCUGAGGUAUUUCUGAGACGUUCGUAUCUUCUAAAUUCAUCAAAGCUAUUUUUUGAAUGAAUUUUUGCUUUUUCAUUUUAAAUUGCCUGAUUGAGAAGUGCCAUUAAAAGUGCCUUCCAUCUCAUUCCAGGAAGGACGAGUGCUUGAAGAUUGCUUUUUAUUGCAGAUUCUGUUUUAAAUUUUUAACUUUAAUUAUUGCCUUUUUACUUUUUACACCAACUGACGAGCCAAUGUGCCAAUUUCUGCUCAGAGCGAUGUUCUGGGCUGCAGUUUGUAGCGUGUGAGUCUGGCCUGCAAUGCUACUAAUUGUUUUACAAAUGUUUACUCCAGCUUGCUGUGUGUAGACUCAAUGUCAUAUAUUUAAAUAUCUUUAGGACAUGAAAGAAACAAUGAAAACCAAGUAUUGUGCCUUCAGUCGAAUUCAUUUUAACAAGUAUGCUCACAAAUAAACAUUUGAUCAGACCGUU